AUGUUCUUCUUGAGCUCGUUCACCGAUCUCCAACUCGACAUCGUCGGCAUUGUGGCCAUACUCGGUGAAGCCAGUGUGCUACGUAUUUCGCAAAUCUCAGCAUUAUCAUGGCACCACGAACUACCAAGACUGAUGCCUGCACCUCAGGCGCUACUGAAGCACUCACUUGAGAAGCGACUGCCAACCGAAGCUGGUAAAGUAGUGGGUGCAUAUUCUGGCAACGUUAACCUUGAACUCAAUUUCUUCUGUCAGUUGCUACAUCCGCACGAAUUGGACCAUUACCAGGUCGAGUUUGUCACGAUCAAGAAGCGUAAGGGUCUAGAAGACAGCCCGCCGUACGAAGUCAAUCCAUCAGGCAGCCUUCGAGCACUCUCCCUAUUGGGUCUUGCGCUCUCUGUCACACUGAUUGCCCUUGCGGUUGUGUAUGAUGAUGGGUGGGCACUGGUUGGGACAAUCCUGCUUUCGAUCACUUCGACUUUGGUUGGUUUUGCAUCCAGAGUCAAACUUGAAGUUCAACAGCCACCCAAGGAUAGACUGACAAAAGUCCACGAUAGUGAGGUGUCAUUUACUAUCCUCGAACGGGCGCCUUUCGUGUCACUCUACUUCACCUCAAAGACAUGCAAACCUCUCUUUGACGAUAGCUUAUAUCGAGCUUUCGCGUUGUGCGGUACUGUAACUUUGAUCUUCGGCUUGAUCUCGAUCGGUAACGCACAGACUAUUUUGCAGGUCACAUUUGCUGCUGCAUACGUCCUCCUGAACAUUACAUAUUGGCUGGCAUCUGCCAUCAGCUCCCACAAGCACUGGAAACAUAACUACGAUGUUCAAACUCAUGCCUUCGAGUUACCUGCCUCUGCUCCGAUGCCAGCAGUGACACUGACUCCAGAUGCCUCGACUGUGAUACCAGGCCGGACAACCACCUUUGUCCUCCCAGUACAGGAAACUAACGACGAUGUCGAACGCAACAUUACGAGGCGAAUAACAACAACUAGAACUCGUGUGAUGUCCCUGCAAAGACGGUAUACUGGCAAUGUUACAAUCGCACAAUCCAACCGCAUCUUCACGACUGCACUCUGGGAAACUAUCGCUCUGACAGGCACCGGCGAUUGGCUUCGACGAACAAACAUCGCACCCAAGAACGAUGUUUGGGAUAAAUGGAUAUCGCUGGCUGGUGAAGCUGCGAGGAUAGACGAACCGGACUGCAGAGGUACUCACAGCUUCACGACAAAUGGUCGCACACGGAUCGUUCUUUCAGCCUGGCCUUACAGGCAAGUGCUUGCACGAUUGUUUAAGGAUGAGCAGACGAAGCACAAGUGGAGGCCGAAGUGGUCGAACCAGCAAUUAUCGAACAUACAUCCUGAGAUCGUUCAGUCCAAACCUGAAGUGGACAACGCGGAUGCUAUGUAA